GGAGCACAGUUUCUGGUGUGCGUCACUUCUGCUGCGUGUUCCGCAGCCUCUGGUGCACUUUGUACUGGAGUUUGGUGUUUAUCUGAAAGAAUCCGCUGCUGUUCUGGUCCAGAAGGCCAAAUAGCGCCAGCGUCAUGUUGCGCCUGCCGACUGUGGGCCGAGCUCUCGCUGGAGCCGCCAAGAACAGCCGGGGCCCGAGCAGCUCUGCGCCCGUGCGUUCGGCGAGCUCUCUGGUCGAGGUGUUUGUGGACGGGAAACCGGUCGAGGUGGAGCCUGGGACCACAGUGCUACAGGCAUGUGAGAAAGCGGGAAUCCAGAUCCCCCGGUUCUGUUACCACGAGCGCCUGUCUGUGGCCGGAAACUGCCGCAUGUGUUUGGUGGAGAUCGAGAAGGCGCCAAAGCCGGUGGCCGCAUGUGCGAUGCCAGUGAUGAAAGGAUGGAACAUUCUCACAAAUUCAGAAAAAACACGCAAAGCCAGAGAGGGAGUGAUGGAGUUUCUCUUGGCCAACCAUCCUCUGGACUGUCCCAUCUGUGACCAGGGAGGAGAGUGUGACCUGCAGGACCAGUCGAUGCAGUUUGGCUCAGACCGAAGUCGAUUCACUGAAGGAAAAAGAGCUGUGGAGGACAAGAACAUCGGGCCACUCAUCAAAACCAUUAUGACACGAUGCAUCCAGUGCACCCGUUGUGUCCGUUUUGCCAGUGAGAUCGCUGGCGUGGAGGAUCUGGGCACCACCGGCCGCGGGAAUAACCUUCAGAUUGGCACAUACGUGGAGAAGAUGUUUAUGUCUGAGUUAUCUGGCAACGUCAUCGAUGUGUGUCCUGUGGGCGCGCUCACCUCCAAACCCUAUGCCUUUACCGCCCGGCCCUGGGAGACGAGGAAAACUGAGUCAAUCGAUGUUCUGGACGCUGUGGGCUCAAACAUCAUCGUGAGCACAAGAGGAGGAGAGGUCAUGAGAGUCCUACCACGGCUCAAUGAAGACAUCAACGAGGAGUGGAUCUCAGACAAAACCAGGUUUGCGUAUGAUGGUCUGAAGAGGCAGCGUUUGACUCAGCCUCUGGUGAAGGACGAGUCUGGACAGCUGAGCCCAACCACGUGGGAGGAUGCUCUGACCAGAGUGGCAGGAGCUCUCCAGAGCGUUAAGGGCAGUGAGGUCGCUGCCAUCGCCGGAGGAAUGGCCGAUGCUGAAGCUUUGGUUUCCCUCAAAGAUCUGCUCAACCGUCUGGACUCAGAAAACCUGUGCACGGAGGAGGUGUUUCCCACAGCAGGAGCAGGCACUGACUUGCGUUCAAACUACCUUCUGAACAGCACCAUCGCUGGAAUAGAGGAGAGUGACCUCCUUCUGCUCGUGGGGACCAACCCGAGAUACGAAGCCCCACUUUUCAACGCAAGGAUUAGAAAGAGCUGGCUUCAUAAUGAGCUGCAGGUGGCGCUGGUGGGACACAGUGUGGACCUGAGUUAUUCGUAUGAUCAUUUGGGGGAGGAGCCGGUGGUGCUGAGGGAUCUUGCCAACGGCACACACCCGUUCUGUCAGGUCCUCUCCUCCUCCAAACGGCCCAUGGUGGUCGUAGGCAGUUCAGCUCUGCAGAGGGAGGAUGGGGCGGCCAUUUUGAGCGCAGUGUCCACCAUUGCACAGAACGCCCGGGCCAGCAGCGGCGUGGAGGACGGCUGGAAGGUGCUCAAUGUACUGCACAGAGUUGCGAGUCAGGUGGCUGCUCUGGAUCUGGGGUAUAGACCCGGUGUAGACCCGAUCCGUAGGAACCCUCCCCAGGUCCUGUUCCUUUUGGGAGCAGAUGGAGGCUGUGUGACCCGAGCCGACCUGCCCAAGAACUGUCUCGUCAUAUACCAGGGUCACCAUGGCGACGUAGGAGCCCCGAUGGCCGACAUCAUUCUCCCCGGCGCAGCGUACACCGAGAAGAAUGCCACCUAUGUCAACACAGAAGGGCGAAGCCAGCACACAAAGAUGGCCGUCACUCCUCCGGGGAUGGCACGCGAAGACUGGAGGAUCAUCAGAGCCGUGUCUGAGCUGGCCGGUGUACCACUGCCCUAUGACACUCUGGAGGAAGUGCGGAGCAGACUGUCGGAAGUGUCCCCAAACCUGGUCCGAUACGAUGACGUAGAAGAGGCCAACUACUUCAGACAGGCUAACGAGCUCUCACAGACGGUGAACCAGGACUUGAUUUCAGCUCCUCUGAUCCCUCCUCAGGUUUCUGUAAAAGACUUCUACAUGACAGACUCGAUCUCUCGUGCGUCGCAGACUAUGGCCAAAUGUGUCAAAGCGGUGACAGAAGGAGCAGCAGCAGUGGAAGAACCCUCUGUUUGUUAGAGACCGGUUUAAAAUACACACUUCAUGUACUUUUACUGCACAGAUAGUCACAGUACUACAAUACCAGAGUACUCCGUUCCUUCAGUGCUUGAGGCUGACGCUCCUCCAUGAUCAUUGUUGUUCCUGGUGUGUCUAAUUUAAAAUGUUGCAUUUAUUUACAGCUGGGAGCUGCUUUGUUGAAUAAAGCUUAGAUAAUUGUAAGUAUGAAUAAAAUGUUAUGUC